GCAGGCGAUGACACUGUCCCAGAAGCAGCAGCAGGAAGAGAUGCGGAAACGCGAGAGAGAGUCAAAGAGACAGUCACCACGUCAGCGGCGGCGCUCUCCUCCACGUGCACGUUCACCUUCACGCUCACCCUCACCCAAACCCCGAAGCCGGCCCCAGGAGAAAAAAAACGUUCCUCAGGCCCCCAAAAAAGCCCCAGAGACCCUCCCAAAGCCCCGCAACCCAGAGGCACAGCCCGAGGCAGAGGUGGAUCUCAGGCCCCAGAAGAUCAAGGGUCCUUUCAGGAUAAGAGGAAUUUUUUUCAAAAGAUCGGAACAUCAGAAGUACGCCCGAAGUCAGCGCCAAAGGUUGCUAAACCACUGAUAUACGCCUCUCCGCCGGAGGUGACCCAACCCAAAUCACCUCCACCAGUAAAGACUGAAGUGAAACCACUCCCAGAACCUCCUAACAUCCGAACACCUGAACCAGAAUCUCCAGAGCCCACAUCUCCUAAACCAGAACCUACUAGUAACAUUAGAGAGAUCAUCAAGCGGUACCAGAGCCGGCCCUCUCCAGAGCCUAAAGCCUUCCAGCCU